GACAAUUGAAAUAAACAAAACAAUUAAGUUUCCCUUUUAUUGUUACUUUCCUUAAUUUUUGUAUAACAUUUAACAAAGUUGAAGAGCAUAAGCUUGUAAAUUUAACUAUGGAUACUGAAAUUAAACAACAAUUUGAAGAGAUGGGCGUAGAGGCUAGCGAAGAUGUGAUCACAAAGUCGUUGGAGCUGUGCAUCAGCUAUCAUAUAGAUGACGCAGCGGAAUUCGUGGAACAGUGGUUGGCAUUUAGCAUAUCAAAUCUAAAUGGUGCCGAGCCAACAGUGGCAAGUUUAUCCGAAUUUGAGCGUAAAGUCUUUCAGGCAAAGCGUGACAAAGAGUUGGCACAGACGAAUCGCAAACGCGUCAGUUACGCUACACCAAGCGCAAACAAAGUAUAUGCACCACCCGUGGAAUCAAAUCCAUUAGCUAUAUAUGGUGUGGAAGAUAGUGCUGUAAUUGACGAUUACGAUGUUAAUAGUGGAAGUCGUGGUGGAGGCGGAAGUAAUAUUGGCAAAGAUGUGGAUGAUGACGAAGAAAUGUUGGGUUCCUAUAACGUUUGCCACACACCAAAAAUUAAGGUAAGUGCCAGUAUUCAAUAUUCCAGUUAAUAAAUU